UUUUAUUUUAUGUGGUCAAUUCUAUUUCUCAUGAACAAGUGAAUUUGGAAAUGGGUUUGUUUUUGUUUUUGUUUUUUGUUUUUUGUCUUUUGUUUUUUUUUUAUUUUAAAGUGUGGUUAGUAUGUAUUUUGUGGGUUUUGGGUUUCAAUGAAUUGUCAAAAAUUGUCAAGGAUGAAGCUUUGCUAUCUCAUGUUGUUCACUCUCCUUCCAAUGGUCAAUUCUUCUCAGUCUUUUGAUUUUUGACCUGGGUUUUAUCUCAAAAUUCAUGUAUAAGGGUGUCUAAGAUGUGCUUUUUGUGUCUUGGGUUUUGAUCGAAAUGUUAAAGAUACAAACUUCGUUUUUUUGUGUUCUUUACAAUUUACAAUUCUUGUGCAAAAUUUGAUCACGGACAUGGGUUUGUUCCAAAAUGAGGUUAAAAAAUUACUGGUUUUUUGAAGAUUUUUAUUUAUUUUCUUUUGAAGUUGUUUGAUAGCUUAAAAUGAUACAUCUGUGUCAUUUUUCUUUCUAUUUUUCAAUGACUCUUCUCUUCCUCAAAUUCUUCGGACAAAUGGUUUCUUCAUGUGAAAACAAGCAGACAGAGUUUGUGUUUGACAAAUGGGUAACUGGGUUUUUCUUUAAUUUUUCAUGUAGGAGAGGAAAAAGAAGAAGGGAAAAAAAAAUAUAUUCUCGGGGUUUCAUUCUCUAUUGAAGUCUGGUUGUGAAAUCCAUUUUUUGGUUAGUUCCAAUUAGGUUGAGGAGAAGAUGUGUCAUCUCUCUUAUUUUCUUCUACAAAAGAGGCACUUCUUGUGUUUAAUUUUGAGUUUUUGCUUUGGUUAAUAUCUUACCCUUCCCAAAUCCCGCUUUAGCGUGAGCCUUGUGGGCUGAGGAGCCCGCUUUGGGCAACAUAGGAUCGACAUGUUUAAUCUGGUUGAGGUUUGAGAUGGACCUUCCUGAGUCUGCCAAAGUUCUAUACAAUAGGAUCCAGAAACUAGAGCCCGAAAAUGCCUCUAAAAUCCUCGGCUAUAUCCUAUUACAAGAGCACGGAGAUCGUUUCAUGAUCCGGUUAGCUUUUAGCCCUGAUAAUUUCCUCCACUCUCUGAUUAACAAAGCUAAAACAGACCUUGGAUUAGCUUCCACACCAGCAGUUUCGGCUCCAAUUUCUCCUCGUCCGGUGAACCAAGCUCCGCCUGCUAUAGAUAUUCCGUUACAAUUUAUUCCAUUCUCAUCUCGUCCAUUUUCAUCUCCGGCAAGCCUUCGAGCUGCCAAUCCCUACUGGGAUCCCCAAGUGGCUGCUGAUCAGCAGCAAGUUAAUAACUUGGAAUUUGUGCCACCGCCUUACCCUGAUUCAGAUCCCAAUGACUAUCGCCUCCAGAACCAACUUCAGUUCUUGUCUCUGGAUGAUCAAUUAGAGUCUGUUAAUUCAGAUAUCUCGAGCAAUUACUAUUACCCGGAACCUGCAUUGGGCCCAAGAACCAGCCGGAGGUCUCCGAGCUUGCCUGAAUUUCCUGUCAAGGUUUGCCAUUACUUCAGUAAGGGGUUUUGCAAACAUGGAAACAACUGUAGGUAUUUCCAUGGACAUCCCAUGCCGGAAAGUUUUUCUCAGAUGUUCAACCCCAAUUCAAACGAACUCGCAAACGACGAUCAUGUUUUCUCACCUGGGUCCCUUGAGAAAUUAGAGUACGAGCUUACUGAGCUUUUGAAAUCAAGGCGAGGAUUUCCCGUUUCAAUAGCCUCUUUGCCAAUGUUGUACUAUGAGAAAUAUGGACGGACCCUACAAGCCGAGGGAUACCUUACGGAGAGCCAGAGACAUGGUAAGGCCGGUUAUAGCCUUACCAAACUUCUUGCUCGGCUGAAGAACAGUAUCCGUCUCAUUGACAGACCUCAUGGCCAGCAUUCAGUGAUUUUGGCUGAAGAUGUUUCGAAAUACAUGGAGUUCAAUGGUGAGAGAUGUGAUCAUGGAGGAAUUGUUUCUGGUUCUCGGCAGAUUUAUCUUACUUUCCCGGCUGAGAGCACCUUUACCGAGCAAGAUGUUGCUGACUAUUUCAACAAAUUUGGACCUGUUCAAGACGUGAGGAUUCCUUGCCAACAGAAGAGGAUGUUUGGGUUUGUGACCUUUGUUUUUGCUGAGACGGUGAAGCAGAUUUUGAUGAAAGGGAAUCCUCAUUUUGUUUGUGGGGCUCGUGUUCUGGUGAAACCCUAUAGGGAGAAGCCAAGGCUUGUAGACAGGAAGUAUAGCGAGAAAUUUCAGCACUCUAUGUACUGUGGUUCGCACUUUUUUGAUCCAGAAUGUGAGCUUCACUCAAUGCCUAGAGUAUGUGACAAUUCAAGACUACUCAAGAAGCAUCUCAUGGAAGAACAUGAGCAGGCGCUCGAACUUGAAGGACGGCAUUUCUCGGAGUUGCAACUGGCGCCUAAAGCCAUGAACCAUCACCACCAGUAUUUUGGCUACCCGAUGGAUGAGUUGAAGCUUUCAGAAGCCCGUGCAGAACAGUCAGAGUUCCAAUCUGCUGAUGGUUUUAAUUAUCUGCUGGAUGUGCUGAACAAUGGUUCUACUACUGAUGACAAUGUUAGGCAUAUAAAUACCAAUUACAAUGAUCAAGAGAGCGGUCAAGGACUUAACCUUCCAGACAGCCCAUUUGCACCGCCUAUAGGGUCCAGCAUUUCAACAGUUACAUAGAUUCACAACUCAGAGACAAAAAGAAGAAUUUAUAGCGGUAGAAGAGGACUGAAGUUUUGAAGACAUUUUCAAGGAUUGGAUAGAACACAAAGACUUUCUCCUUUUUUCCCAUUUCGAUCGGAUAGUUAGCUUCGCAAAGUUCAUAGCUAAUCAAGGAGAAACAACAUAUGGUAUAGAAAUAUGUAAGAAGGGUUUUUUUUUUUUUUUU